CUGCUUUGUGCUUGUGUGAACAGUUUGGCUAAACGUCAUAAUCAGCUAUACUAGAUGAAACUAGAAGGAACGUAUAAUAGGAGAUUAUUUUCAUAAUAGUUUUACUUUAUUCAAUGGAUUCUAAUUCAUUGAAUAAUAAGUUAUUAGAAACUCUGGCACACUACAAUUCAGUAAAAUGCAGUUUAAGCACAAUAAUCCCAGUCAAUAUAAUGAUUACAGCAUUGCAGGAUAGACUGAAAAAAAUCCAUUUCAGGAGCACUUCAUAUUAGCUGAAACUUUAGGAGGUGUGAAUAUAUAAGAAAUGUCAUUCUGAGGGGAGAAAAAGAAGAUGAAAGCAGCCCCCCAGACUGCAGCAAGAUGAGUGAGUGAGGGGGAGUAUAACCACAGCAGGGCAGAUCAACCCACCACCAUCAUGGACGACAUCCUGUCUCACCAUGCGCCUGUUGCUUUCUCUCUGUCUCUGAAACUGGAGAAACAGUUCUUCACUUUGCCUGAAGCAGAAUCCACCUCAGCAGUCAGAGAACACUCUCUGCCACCCAACCCACCCCCAUUGUCAUUCGUCUAAAGGUCCUUUUAGAGAUUGGUGAUCGAUUGGAAAAUGGGGAGUAAGACUCUGCCGGCCCCCAUCCCACUACAUCCGUCCCUCCACCUUUCCAACUACGCUUUCUUACAGGCAGAAAAUAGGCCGACUUUACCUCACGCUGACCACAUUCAAGGACUCUACGGCCUCAGGACGGUGCAGACAAUGCAAAUGAACCACUGGACUUUGGGCUACACUCACAUGCAGGGACUCCGAUCAACCAUCACUGAAAUGUCAGCUGCGCAGGGCCUCACGGAUCUUCGAUUCACGUUCCCCGCGUUACCGUUCACUGCACACUUCUUCCACCCCAAACAAGGAACUAUAACUCACGGAAUUCCAGCCCUACAUAAAGAUAGACCCCGGUUUGACUUUGCUAACCUUGCCAUUGCGGCUACACAAGAGGAAGAGUGUAAGACCUAUGACCUGUUAAAACUCACAGCAGGUCUCGGCGGCCAGAGCUCAGAAAUAAACAAACUGUCACCAAACAGAAAGCCCCCACGCGGGAGGCUUCCAUCAAAAACCAAAAAGGAAUUCAUUUGUAGAUUUUGUGGAAGAAACUUUACAAAGUCCUACAACUUACUUAUACAUGAGCGCACGCACACAGACGAGAGGCCUUACACCUGCGACAUCUGCCAUAAAGCUUUUAGAAGACAGGACCACCUCCGUGAUCACCGAUACAUCCAUUCCAAGGAGAAACCGUUCAAAUGUCAAGAAUGUGGAAAGGGAUUUUGUCAGUCACGGACUUUGGCAGUUCAUAAAACAUUGCAUAUGCAGGAGUCUCCUCACAAAUGCCCCACAUGCGGAAGAACCUUUAAUCAAAGAAGUAAUCUGAAAACUCACCUUCUCACCCAUACAGACAUCAAGCCCUACUCCUGUGAGCGCUGCGGAAAGGUGUUUCGGCGCAACUGUGACCUGCGACGGCAUAGUUUGACACACACGCUCCACCGGGACUAGGCCGCACAGAUAGCCCUACUAUUUGUGGACAAAUUUAUUGGACAGAACAUGAGACUCAAAGAAAGGAUAGCUGGAAACUUCGUGAUGCUGAAUUUUUUACUACAUCUUCAAAAGCGGUUACUGAAGAUGAAUGAAUGAAUAUAUUAUAUAAACCGUGUUAAAAAUGUGGAUGUUUGUUGAAAUGAAUGGUAGAAAUAAAGCUGAAGGUCAAGACGGUGAUCUAGGUAUAUCAUGGCACUUCUCAAGGGAUUAUUAAAAUAAUUAGACUAAUUAUUUCACUUCUCUAUAUAUUCUUUAUAUUUUUGUGAAAGCCUGUAACAGGAUAAUGAAUGCUUGUGCACUGUAAGCCCAGAUAAAAUCAUUGUGCUUAAAAAACGUAACCCGUUAGCAUAAAAAAAGUUCAGCACUGAUGAACAAACAAAAAUGUAUACGUUGUGUUAUAGGGUACUUAAGAUACGAAAUUGCACUACAUUGAGUUUUCUGUAAAACAACCUAACACUGUAUGUUGGAAUAACUUAAAUGUACGAUAACUAAUAACUUUAGGUUAAUGUCAUUUAAAACUGAUUCAAAUCAUUUGAAUUAUCCAAACUCGAUUGUUUUGUUUCAAGCUGGCGGUACUGGUGGUAGAAAUGUGCGAGUCUCGAAGCACAAGCUGUCUGCAUCUUCACGUAGGUAGGUACUGAAAUAAGUUCGCGGUAAAUAAUCCACCCUACCCUAAAAUGAAAGCUAAUAAAACUAAUCAUUUUAGCGAUUUGUUUGUUGAUGUAUUUCCAUUUGGGAAAGCGCGUAUAUGUGUGAGUUAGACGCAACUGGUGUAGUCUAAGGGGUAGCCACGUAUACAGUAAUUAGACUGCUGACAUUGUUUACUGCUGACAAUAACGAAUCAUCCAUUUGGAAACAGCAUCUCUAGGCCGAGUUGUUUAUUGAUUAUUCAGUUUUUAUUUAAAAAAAAAAAAAAAAAAAAAAAAAACUUUUUCGAAAUGUUUCACUUAGUAGCCUAUAAAGUGAAGUUUGAUAUAUGAGUAACGCCUAUCUUUAAUAACAAGGUACCAAUGCUUAGACACCCGCAGACCUCAUAUUCCACUUGGUUCUGAAUUAUUAGGUAACAGGCUAUGACACAGUGGUUUUGCAUCAUGAACAUUGUAGCCCAUAAUAAGCAUCUCAGAGGCUGUUGCCGGAUGAACAAAUAGAUUAUUACGACAGUUUAUUAACCAUAAAUCAUAACAUAUCUAGCUUCUGAAGCAGACACAAACUAUCAGCAGUGUCGGUUAGUGAAAUACAAUAGUCUUACACUGCGCUUUCAUCAAAGCUGUUUGCACCGCGUAUUUGAACCGUCCUAUGGGCCCUACUGUUAGAAACGGGAAAUAACUAUACACCUUGUUUAAACUUUAAUGAGCGGGAGACAAACGUACAUUUGGAAUUUAAGUAGGCUAUAACCACCAUGUUUUUACCUCUGGUUCCCUGUGGCAGAGAUCUAAAAUACAACUUAAAUUUCGAAAAAGAUUAAAACGAAUUUAAAAACUAUUUAGGACUAUUUUAAGCUAUAUGUUCAGCUGGGUCCUACUGUCUGUUACGGGCUAGGCUAAAACGAGUAAGAAUCCCUUACACAUGUCAAAUAAAGCUAUUUGGGAUUUUGAAUCUUAAGCCAAACAUUUACAUUACA